GAUACUUCAUCGCCUACUUGGUCUUGGAGUUGACUGCGGAUAGUUUAGUAAACAAAGCCUGUAUUUUGCGCUCCGUUACUCACUCAACUUCAACUUACAGCUUCAUUUUGAUUCCAUACUCGAGUACAGAGCUUCAGAAAUCCCCUUAUGGUAACAUGUCGGCGAAAAUCAAAUCUAACGUGAACUCGGCGUUCAAGAUGAAUGGCUUGUCUCUUCGAAGUGAUGCCAUCAAGUAUUUGGUGGAGGCUCUGGGCUCAGUGGCUGAUAUACAGGAGAGAGAGCAGUGCUUGGAGAGAAUCAUCGAGACAGUACAGAAACAGCCUUUGACAUCAUCACUGGUAUCCAUGGAAAUCCUCAAGGCAGCCAUCGAUGAGUGUAACGAGGGGGAGGAGCAGGAAAAUGAGAGGGCGUUUGCCGUCAUUGACGCUUUCACUGUCCCCAGAUUCACCUACAAUCAGGAUAGGAAGAAGUUCCUCAAGAACAACUCGGUACCCUGCUUGCACGCUGGUGCCCAGGCUAAAGCUGACCUGUUCCUGGAGCGUUACACACUCCUACAGCAGCGGACAGCAAGACAUAGUCUCUUUACUCCACCGGUGCCCGGCACAGCCACAGAUAACAACGCAAGGAAAUUUCAGCUGAAACCUGUGGAGUUCCUGCUAGGCAGCACUGCCAAGCUUGGAGAAAUCAUCGUGCUGGGUAUGCUUACCCAACUCAAAGAGGGCAAGUUUUUCCUGGAAGAUCCUACCGGAGCUGUUCAACUUGACCUCAGCAAAGCACAGUUCCACACUGGACUGUUCACCGAGAACUGCUUUGUCCUAGCGGAGGGCUGGUAUGAAGACCAAGUCUUCCACAUCACAGCGUUUGGAUUCCCACCCUCUGAACCUGCAGAGGCCACCAGAGCCUACUUUGGCAGUUUGAACUUCUUUGGCGGUCCGUCCCCGACUUGUGCUAAGUCCUCAGAGAAACUCCUGACGAUAGAGAAAGACAACGAAGAGGCCAUGUUUGUCUUUGUGUCGGACAUUUGGCUGGACCAGCUCCGGGUCCGAGAGAAACUCAACACGCUCUUCACCGGCUACUCCGAGAUGCCUCCGACGUGCUUUGUCUUCUGUGGCAACUUCACCUCCAAGCCUUAUGGCAGCAAUCACGUCAAGACUCUACGAGAAUCAUUACAAGCUCUGAGUGACAUGUUGCAAGAGUACCCCACCCUGCUUCAGAGAAGUCGGUUCAUCUUUGUUCCUGGUCCUCAGGAUCCUGGCCCGGCCGCCAUUCUACCAAGGCCUCCCAUACCAGACGUAAUCACGGAAGAGUUUUGUCGGAGGGUUCCUUCUGCGAUAUUCACAACCAACCCCUGCAGGAUGCAGUAUUGCACGCAGGAGAUAGUUGUGUUUCGAGAGGAUAUAGUCAUGAAGAUGUGUCGUAACUGCAUCCGUUUCCCAGACAACAGUGCUGAAAUUCCCAAUCACUUUGUCAAGACAGUAGUGUGCCAGUCCCACCUGUGUCCCCUACCCCUCCACGCCUCCCCUAUCUACUGGGCCUACGAUAACGCCAUGAGGCUCUACCCCUUACCUGAUCUGGUCGUAUUCGGUGACAAGUACGACCCCUUCACCAUCAAUAAUGCAAACUGCAAGUGCACAAAUACGGGAUCAUUUUCCAAGAGCGGUUUUGGCUUCAAGGUUUACUACCCACAGACCAAAGAGAUUGAGGACAGCAAAAUUGAGGACGAAUGAAAGGCAGCAUCACGUGGGCCAGCGUCUCCUUUUCAUCAAACUGGACUUUAUCAUCGCAACCGCAUGUACGUGGCAAUGAUUCAAAGCUGGAUGGCAACUAGAAGUUGGCAGAUACUUUUGCCAAAUUAUUAACAUGUGACUCAUGAGUCAUACCAUACAUGUUUCGUUCUCUUGGAUGACUAAUAAUGCUACCAAUUUGUUAAACCCAAGGCUGUUAAGUAAGCCCCACAGAGGUUUGUAAAAGUACCAAUACACAGUGACUUAUGCAAAAAGGUGCUCAAAAUUGGUGUGGUUUUCUUGUCUACAGAUAGGCUACGCAGUACUUAAAGGGAAUAUACAACAUUUGCUUUUGCUGUACUUUUCAGAAUGGAUGGAUUUGGGGGUUAGUAUUUUAUAGCAAAUAUUGUUACAC